AUGGAAGGGCCCCGCACACCGCUCGCUUCUUCCGUAGGGAUGCAGUCCGCCCAGUCACAAUUGCAGCCCCUUCCUAGUUUCCAACCAGGCAGGUCAGCUGCCACUGUAGUGGUACCGGGGGUUCCCUCUCCAAGCAAGCAACCACAGGGAAGUAACAAGCAGGGCGCCAUCUCGCCCAGGAGCAUCCUCCAACAGGGGCCUGAGAUGCCACAGAUGCUGGGCCCCCAGAGCGGCACACUCCAGCAGGGGGUGGAGUUCCCCCACAUUGUGCCCCCCUACAAGAGCAUUGUCCAGCAGGGGCCAGAGACACCACUGAAUGUGCCCCCCCAGAUGGUGAACAACCCCCUGAGAGCAGCUCUCAGUGACAGGACAGGUGGCACCCUGCUGUUGGAUGCUGUGACAUCAGAUUGCGGCCACACAUUUGGCGGGGCCAGUCUUCAGAGAGUCUUAGCUGUGGGCACGUGCGGCGCUUGCGGGGUUCCGAUUGACCCUGGACGGUUGAUCCCUAACCUGGCGGUCAGGGCGGCAGCUGCCGCGUUCCAAGCUGAAGAGAGCCUGGGGCUGAAGAGGGGCAGAGACGGGGACCCAGCCCGAGGGACGCUGCCUUUCAUCAGAGAGCCUGAGCAGAAGGCGUACGUCUUUCCCUACAAGCUGCACGACCGCGUGCGCGUCAAGGGGAACAAGCGCACGCCCCCCCAUUUCGUGGGCAAGGAAGCGGUCAUUGUGCAUGAGGGCCUCAAUGGUUGGUACACCGUUCGCUUGAAGGAGUCCGGGGAAGAAACGCGGCUCCAGUACCGAUCGCUUGAGGCCCUUUCAGAUGAGAAGAAACAGCGGGGGAGUGAGAAGGGAGCGGACGGAAGUUUGAAAAAGACGGUUGGGGCUGAGAAGACACCGGAAGGAAAGGAGGUCAGUUUGGAGGUGAGAAAAGAAGGAGUGGUUACGGCAAAAGAGGGGAACGCAGCGGCUGUUGGAAAUGGUGAGGAAAAAGGGGCGGUCGAGGAGGGGUCGAGGAAAAGGAUCAGGACCGAAGGGGAAGAAGCCGUUCAGGAGAGAGGCGGGGCUCAGACCGGGGGGCAGGUUAGCCUUGGGUUGGUUGGAAACCAGGGGGAAACUGCUGUGGGAAACCCAGGGUUAGGGGUAAACCAGGGAGGGUUGAGGGCCGCCGCAAAAAGGGAGGGAGCCGAAAAAAGCCAAGGAACUGGUCUUGGAUCCAGCAACAGAAGCAUAGUAGAAAGUGCACGGAGCUUGGAGGGUCAGGAGUCGCUAGCAGGUGUCGAGCCAGUCGUUCGGAAUGGUGCUGCGGAAGUUCCUCCAGAGGCUAGCAAACCCCCUCCUGUGAGUUUCGCGGUUACUUCCGUGUCCCUUCAGGGUGCGAGCGUCCAAGUCGCGGCCGAGGUCCUUCGCAUCAGGGGGGGUGCGCCAAGUGCCGAAAGCCCCAGGGGUUCUCCCUCUCCUCAACCGUGGGGGUCAGCUGGCAGAGACUUCAGCCCCCCGUUGUGGAACCCGGGUCAAGUCAGCCCAACAGGGACUCGGACGCGAACGGAACGCCGGCCAGUGGUCAAUCUGGGAUUCCUUGCCAGGGUCAGCGCUGACAUCAGCGACGACGAGCGGAGCGUGGGGCCAAGUUCGGGGAGGGGGGACGAAGAAAGAAAGUUUGAGGGUCGGUGGGACGAAACGAAUGCGGGGGGGUCUGAUGUGGGUUUGGAUGAGGAGAGGGGCUUUGGGGGCAAUGCCGAGAGGGCAGACGCGAAGAGCACGCCUCAGAAGCUGCUGAGCGUGCCGGAAAGGGACCGGUGUGUGAAGUCGAACGGGAGGGGCUGGCGAUGCAAACUAAGGAAGGCGCCAGGCUACCAGUAUUGCGAACACCAUCAGCGGAAUUGGGACGGGCAUGAGAAGCAGUGGAAGAAGGCGUUCCCGUCUCCCGAGGGAUCUGAUCCGCUGCCACCGCAGGGGGGUAGGGUCAAGGUGGCCGGCGCGGGGGGUAUCAAGAGGCCGAAAGAAGGAAGGAGGCCAAAAGCCAAAGUGAAGGGCGCAAAACUGAAGAAGCAGGCCGUGUUUCUAGCGGGGAAGGGCAUGGACGCAUACGGCCUAGGCGCAACCGGGCUGCUUGUACAUAAGAAGACGAAGAACCUGGCUGCAAAGAGACUGGAGAGAGCGCUCAAGGAUGCAAGAGGGGCUGCUGGGUCUAUCAUAGGCCAACUGUACACAUCGGCACGCAAGCCAGCCCUCUCUUUCCAGAUGGAUGACGACGAUUACGACAGCGAUGAGUACGACCUUCCCCCUGCCAAGCGCGCCAAGCUACCGCUUCACGAGUUGGACCCACAUUUCCUGUCUCAAAAGCGCAUCGAGAAGGCGCAAAAGUACAAGACGCUUGUGGCCAACAAGGAGUAUAUCGAGGACGAUCGGGGAAAUCUAAAGGUUCUCGAGGUCAUGGGCGGAGCUGAGCCUAGCGAGGAGGAGCUCUUGGCGCAGGUGGAGAGGGUGUGUCCGGAACUAGACCUGGAGAGCCUCUGCAGCGUGGACAUUACGGCGGCCGUCGCAGCGGUGGCCGCGACGGGACGGGAGGAAGCGGAGAUCCUGCUGGGGCGGCUUCUGAUGCGACACAGCACCAAGGAGCUGGCACUGGUCCAAGAAGUGAUUGAUCAGGAGAAGCGGAUCGUGCUGGCGAAGCUGGAAGCUCUCAACCGGAGAGAUGCGGCCAAAGCGCAGUGGAAGAAGCGACCAUUCUUGGGCUUCGGCGAAGGGGGCCCCCCCAAGAAGAAACGGAGCGUCAACCUGGUGAAGACCGGUAGAGUCCCCCGGUUGUUCUCGACCUUGUUUCCGAGCGAGUUUGGUGACUUGGAGGAGGUUGGGGAGGUGGAGGGAGAAGAGAUUGGGAUUACGGGCGGGGUUAAGGAUCUGGGUUUGGAACCGGCGGAUGAGUUCGCGGCUCAGAGAACUGGGUCAGAUGGGCAUGCGCUGGGAAAGGAAGCGGACGAGGUUAAGGAAACGGUUAGCGGGAGGGGGCUUCAGGGGGAGGACGGAGCGGCGGAACUGGGCGAGGGUGAGAAAUUGGCAGGGGUUGAGGAGCGGGUUAAGGAAACCGGUAUCCGGACGGGGGCAAGGGGGGCUGAGUCCGCAGACGAACGGCUAGAAGCAGGGAAGGCCGAAGGUGUGGUCGGAGAACGGGUUAGUCAUCGAUCUGGGGUUAGGGACACUGGGCCUACGCUUCCGGCGCUAGUUAGAGGUUCGGUUGAGGACGAACUUCGGGAAGGGAUAGCGAUCGGAGUUGCUCCUGAAAACUGGGGAUAUGGCAGUGCGUCUCCCAAAAACAGUGAAGGAAGGAGCUCGCCUCGCUUCGGAGGAGGGUCACGAUUAAGGGUUAAUCUGGCGGUUUGCCAUAACCGGCCCCAGGGCCAACAUGGCAGCGGAUCUGAAAGCAGUGGGGGCCCGGAAGAUUGUGCACGACGAGGGCAGCGAGCAGCGUUUGAGGACGUUGUGAGACAAGGGGUUAAGAAGGUUAUGGGAAAGGGUUUACAAGGAGGGGGGAGUCCCCGGAACAGGGAAGGAGCGCAGCAGGCUGCAAUGAGAGCAGAGUCUAUCGAUGCUGUGCCAAAUUACUCGAGUCUCGAGGUGGAAAACGUGUCAGGUAAAGGGGAGCCCAUUCCCCAACAGGUGGAGAAAAACGAAGACAACCGCAGCUUCGGGCUAUCUCCGAACUUGAAGGGAUUCAGCGGUCCCUCUAGGUCUUAUAGCAAUUCAUUGUACGACUCUGUAGAUGCAUCGGCCGCCCACUUGUUUUCUUCGGUCGGGGCAAGCCCUCGGGAGCAUAAGCUAGGGCAGCAUAGGGACGCGGUAGGCGAGUUUGAUCUGGGACUGGAUCUGUUGAACGAGUUGGAUAAUUUUGAUCCCGUGCGGUCGGGACUCGCUGACGAGACCGACGACUCGGAAUCUGAAUAGACACAGGUAAAACGGUUGUGUUUGAAGGUAGGGGUUGGGUGGGUUAGGCAAAGGAAGACAAAUAAGCAGAAGAGUACCUUUAAGAGAUAGGGGUGGGACGACAAGCGAAACGCUUGUAAAGUGUGCCAGAAUUGAAGGCUGGCCAGAACGGUUGCUUUUAUUGCUCGCUGGACCAUAACUAGAGAGUUUCCAAUUGUGCUAGCUGCAUGCCGACUUGUACUUCCAUGUGUUUGUUUUCAGUACGCG